AUGGAGGAUGAUAACAGCGCAAAAGCUCCGGUGACUCGACUGCGCAGAAGGUUAUCAGUAGAGUCGACAGAAGAAAGGUCGUCCACACCAAAUACGCCCACCAAAAAACGUGGUAGGCCACCAAAGUUGGUACAGAUAGAUGAAAAUGAUGUAACUCCACCGAAGUCAACACCAAAACGUGUAACAAGGAAAACAAAUAAAGAUGCUUUGGAACCUCUGGAUGACAAACCAUUGACACCAGUUAGAAGAAGUACAAGGAUUAAAUCAAACACAAGUAUUGUGUCAGAUACUGUUGCUACUACUACAAGUGAUACUCCCAGAGCAAAGCGGGUCACAAGAAGAAACUCACAAAUAGGUAGUGACAGUGAAAUCCCUUUAACACCUGCCAAACAAACUAGAAGAACUAGAAAGGAUUCAACACCAAAUCUAGAUAAUGAUGAAAUUGAAAAAGCAGUACCACAGAUAACUGAAAUUAUUGCUGAAGAAGCAGAAUUUAUUGAAAAAAGCUUCAGUACACCAUCUCAUUCUCCUUCCAAUAAUAAGAGUAAAAAAAGUUCUGGUAUAGUUAUUAAUGAAGGUGAGAAAAAGUCAGACAUUAGUGUUAUUGAUGAUGCUAAAAAUAAAUCUAUAGUAAAAUCCUCCAGUCCUCCGUCACCAGAUAUUCAAAAGGAGAAUAUAUCACCUGGGCCAAAGCAUAACAAAAAGGGCAACCUCUCUGCCUCUACAAUAGACUUAUUAAAUAAUGUAGACAAAUUUUCCAAAAUUGAUACUCUAAACAAAACAACAUCGUUUCUGGAAUCAAACAUGAAACCAUAUAAAAAAAGAACUAUGUCAUGGUCAACAAACUCUACAACACCUGAUGAAACUCUGAAACAAGAACAAAUAAACAAAUCUCAAAAUUAUAAUGAAUCUGGUGUUGGCAGUUUAUCUCAAAAUUCUCAAAACAUAAAAAAUUUAAAAGUUGUUGUAGAUAGAAUGGACAUUGAUCAAAUAUGCAACAAUUCUGCAACAGAAAAUAAAUACCAAGAUAUAUCAAGUGAAGAACUUUUUAACAAAGACCCCAGUGAAGAUUCAAAGCCAGAAAUAAUCAUAGAGGAAUUCACUACAGAAAUUAAUAUUCAGACAACUGAAAAGACUCAAGAUCAAUUUGUUCCUGUUGUAGAUGUUUCGUCACCAAAUGUUGAUGUUUCACUACAUAAGUCUAAAACAGAUAAAAGCAUGAAUGCUUCUCGUCGGGAAAAAAUGUGUAAUGACAGUGUUGAGCCAAUGGAUAUUGAUCAAACUAUACCAGAAAACAUGCUAAUGCUUGAAGAAAAAGAAUCUUUUACAGAGUUAAAUAACAAAUCCUGUAAAAGUAGCUUAUCAUCUGAGUCUAAAAGAAAAUCUUCAGUAUCACAGGCUAUGGAAACUGAAAAUAAAAGUACUUUGAUAUUAUCACAGCCUAAUGAUAAUACCUCACAAAGAAAUAGUCUGGGAAAAAGUCCAAUGCCAUCAGACAAUACGUUUUUAUCUAAAUCACUUGUAGAUUUGGAUAAAACACAAAAUUUGGAUAAGGAACCCAAGAAUCAAUCAAUAACCUGCUUAACAAGUACCCCAUUACAACAAAAACCUCUUCAAAGGCUAAUUGCACCAAUGAAUACAUCAAUUAUUAAAUCAAAUGAUAACAUUGAUGGUACUCCAAAAAGUUUCGUCGAUACCAACUCGCCCAUAGCGAAAAAUGAAAAUAUUAAACUUUCUUCCGCAAGUAAAAGUCUCAAGGUAGAUGAUGAUUGUGAUGACAAGGUCCCAGAAGAUAAAAUAACGAACAUCGAUCAAUCAAUAAAGUCUGUUAAUUAUAGCCAGAUAAAAGAUGAUUGCAAAAAUAUAUCUAUGAGUAACAAGUCUAAUGUUCUCACUCCUAAGGAUAAGGACAGUGAAAAUAAUGUGUCUACUGAAUCCAUUAAGUCAAAGGAGGACAAAUUAAUAGUAAAUGACCAUUCUAGUGAUGAAGAUUCAAGUGACGACAUGCCAAAUUUGAAAAGUAAUGAAUCUAAGAGUAAAUCAAAAAAGAAAAUGUUAAUAAAUGAUGAAUCUGAUGAUAGUGAAAUAUCUAAUGAUGAAUCUAUCUCAAAAAAUGAUUUAGUUGAUGAUGAAGCUGACGACGCUGGUGAUGAUUAUAAAUCCGGUGAUAGUCAGGACGAAGAGGAAUUACGAUAUGCCAAAGAAAACGAAAUUACUGAUAAAGGUGUCACUCUUACGUCAGAUGAAGAUUUCUCAAAUGACUCUGAUUACGAAAAAGAUUCCUUCAUCGUCAGCUCUGAAGAAGAAGACAAUCAGCUGUUAGAAGGAACCGAAGAUGACUUAUCAAUGAGUGAUAAUGAACUUAAAAUGACAGCGAAGUCAAAGAAAAAAUACAAUGAACGUAUGAUCAAAGAACAGAAGAAAGCUUCGAGAGAAAUGUUUGAAUCCCGUCACAAACUAAAUAUAAAAAAAAGAAUGUCAUAG